AUCAGUCAUAGUUCUGCAACUGCUGCAGACGGGCUAGUGGAACUCGGGAAGGAGGGGGGAGACAAGCUGCUACUACUAGCUAGCUGUAAAUAGCCAACAGCGUACUUGUAUGUGGUGCGCUGAUGUUGACACAGCUGAAACAGCGCUUACGGUAAUACUUUUCAGUCGGGAUAUUUUUGUAGAGAUUUGCCCCCUUCUUACUCAGUGAUGUUGGAAAGCAGCGUCAAGGUGCUGAAAGAAGGUCUGAUGGAGAAAAGGAGCGAUGGCUUGCUUCAGCUAUGGAAGAAGAAGCGCUGCUUUCUAACGGAAGAGGGACUUCUCCUUCACCCACCGAAACAGCACGACCACCAGCAGCACCAGAACCAUCAGCAAAUCACGGCCAGCGAGCCCGGCAAGACCAAAGAGCUGCUCUUCUCCAACAUGAAGACGGUGGAUUGCGUCGAGAGGAAGGGCAAAUACGUUUAUUUCACGGUGGUGAUGGUAGAGGGAAAAGAGAUUGAUUUUAGAUGCCCCCAAGACGAAGGCUGGAAUGCCGAAAUCACUUUGCAAAUGGUACAGUAUAAGAACAGACAGGCUAUCCUGGCAGUGAAAUCGACCAGACAAAAACAGCAGCACCUGAUAGUAGCACACGGGCACAGCAUCAUCAAGAACUCUCUAUCGUGAUACACACAGGCAGCAAGCUGGGGCUGGAACCCCGAUAACCGGGGUUACUAAAGGGGCACAUUCAGCCAGUGGAAGGAUUCAUGCAGCUUGAUUUUUGUCUUCUGUUGGACUGAUAACAAGUCGCGAUAAAUUCGAACUGAAAAACUGACAGUUAAUUUGAGAUGGAAACAACAUUGUGGAAUAAGACAUCCGUCUUCACAAAGGUUGUCGUUUUAUAGACUAUAAACUAAUUUAUGAGAACUAAGAUUUGAAAUGCUUCACACUCAGCAUGGAACGAAACGUGACAUUGUAUUUUAAUGUAUUGUAUUGUAUUUAUUAGUUACCUAUUACUCGCUGUACUAUGUAUUUGGCAUUGAAUGAAUGUAAGAACGUCAUCUGCUAAUGGAAGUCUAUUGUUCUGCUCUCGCCGAAUCCACUUGAAAGCUAUCUUUACCGGUUGGCUAAAUUUGAAGGAUAAAAUGUAUAUGGCAGUAUGGCACAAGUUUAAACCGUUAGUGUAUUAUUACAUGUUUAAGAUAAACUAUACUAUGCUGCACCUGUUAGGCGUUUCAUGUAAAACAAAUACUCGACAAAUACACAGUAGCAUCUGUCCCAAGGAAUUACACAGUUCCUUCUCAAGAACAUGAAUGUUUAUAAUCACUAACAACCGAGCAGGUUACUAAAGUGACAUUGUUCGGAAUUAACCAAAAUGUAACGCGUAGGAAAUGCAUUGCUAUCCGUAUGAAACAACAAGAUUAACCAAAAAACCUGCACAUUAUUACACAGCAACAAUUCUUGCAAAAAGUUGUCUUCAUAGUUUGGAUGUGAUUUCAACAAAGAUCGCUCCGACAGGAAACCGAGAUGAAACCCUUACCAAAAAAAAAAAUCUCUUUUUGAAAGGAAGUAUGUGUUAAUUUAAAAGACCUGAAACUCUGUUGUCCCUAUUAAGUUAGAUUCACGGUCUUACCCGUUAGGUUCACGGUGAAUAUGGUGGUCUCUAUACUAUAAACCGCUACUGUGAUGUAACACUUGUACACCCAUUCCGAGCACAGUGCUGUGUUCCGAUUCUUGACAGCUGUAAUAACUGUUAUGUCAUUUCUUUGUUUAGUAUAUACUGUACUUUGGUACUGACAAGUGGCUCUGUUUUGGGGUGAGAGCUAUCUUCAUACCUUUCAAAAUACAUUCCAUUUCAAAAGAACAGUGUGUGUGUGUGUUUUUAAAGGUUGUAUCCCAAUCACUUUCACAACCAGUAUGUAAGUUUAGGAGCUAUGGAACACAGGUGGAGCUUG